AUGAGUGCUGGCGACUUCGGAUAUCCUGGCUACCAGCCGGUACGUAACGGGCCAUAUACCCCUAUAACAAACUUUUUCCCAUACCAACAGCAACCUCAACCUCAGCUACAACCUCAAGCGCAGUACGGCUUUGACGCGAUGGGACGCUACAAUCUUCGAUCAUCACAGGCGCACACAGCCCUGCCGCAGAACACUCCUGCGAACACUCCUCCGAACCCUUACUUCAAUACUCCUCCGAACGCUACACCGUUCGGCGCCGGGAUCCCCCAUCAUCCCACUCCUACACCAUUCGCUUCUGGGAUCUUCCCUUCGUCGUCUCACGAGAAGUCAGCUUUACCGCAGAACCCACCUCCGAACAAUGUCCCGCCCAGCUCUGGCGUUUCCCCUGCCUUGUUGCAAGAGACGUCGACUGAGCUAGCACGGAGUGGUGCUCCUGAACAUUACUCACCUAUUAGACGGUCACCUGUACGACAGUUUCGCGCGAGAGACCAGAUUGUAGCACCAUCGAAAGAAUCUGGCGGCGUUCCAGACCCGACGGCACUGUACCUUGCGCAUGCGUCCUACCCACCUCUGCUACUCCCUCGGCCGCGAAAUAUCCUGGUGGUCAUCGACUUGAACGGAACCCUUCUGUAUCGGCCGAAUAAGCGCCAACCGUCAACCUUCAUCAUGCGCCCAUAUGCUCGCGAGUUCUUGAACUACUGCAUCCGAACCUUCACGGUCACCAUCUGGUCAUCAGCGAGACCUGAUAACGUUGAGAACAUGUGUAAGACGCUGCUGACACCCGAGUUGCGCGCAAAGGUCGUUGCAGUGUGGGGGAGGGAUAGAUUCGGUCUGUCGACGAGCGACUACAACUCGAGAGUCCAAUGCUAUAAGCGGCUGAGCGUAUUAUGGAAUUCCCCCCUUGUGUCUUGCACCCAUCCCGACGCGAAAAAGGGCGUAACAUGGAGCCAGAAAGACACGGUGCUGGUGGACGACUCGCUGGAGAAGGCAAGGACCGAGCCGUACAACCUGAUCCAGGUUCCUGACUUUGAAGGGUAUUCCAACGAGCCGGCCUACGUCCUACCUCAGGUCCACAACUACAUCAACGAAUGCAGUCAGCAGGCGGACAUUAGCACGUAUAUGCGAGCUACCCCUUUCAAGCUAAGGGACGACUUUGUCUUACAUUGA